CGACCUGGCCACCCCACGAGCUUCUCCACCACAUCAAAAUCAAUCUUAUUCGAACAUCCACCAUGCCACCAAAAAAACCUAUUUCAUCAAGAAAUUACACCGAGCAAGAGGUGAGGAUCCUAUUAGCAAUCCAAGCUUUAAAAGAAAAUCAGAUUCCAUCUGUACGACAAGCGGCAUCAGUUUUCAAUGUUCCCAGAUCAACCCUCCAAGCAAGACUUCAAGGACAUCAAUUUUGCUACGAUAUGCCUAGCAACAUGUCUAAAUUGACCGAAUCACAAGAGAAAUUGCUUGUACAAUGGAUAUUAUCUAUGGAUUCACGUGGAGCAAGUCCUCGGCCUAUCUAAACCUGAGAAAUGGGUAAUCUUCUCAUGGAUUAAGAUAGCAAAGUUCAGCUGGGCAAGAACUGCGCAAACAUUUACUUCAGAUAUUAUUAAAAACAGAUUCGGAGCUACUGGCCUAGUUCCUUUUAACCCAGAGAAAGUGCUUGGACAAUUUACUAUUCAAUUAGAUACUCCUACGUCGCCAGGAAGUCAGUCAACUACCUCCACAAUUUCCUUAUCUAAAACACCACAGAAUUGAAAGGAUAUGGAAAAGCAAAGGACUAUUCAAAGCUUGCUUAGGUGACGAACCCAGAGUCCUCCGUCUCCUGAUAAAGACAUUUUAGAUCGUUUCAUUCAAUGAUAUGAAUGCCUAGUGAGUGAGAGAAUCCUUAUGGCACAGGAAGUCUAGAAUCUACGUUUAGUGACUGAAGAAAAACAGCAGAAAAAGAAAUGAUCUAAUUGUCAAAUGGGUGCUUUGCAAGGGUUAUCCAUUGAAGAAAAUCAAGCUCUUGCACAGAGGAAUAAUGAAGCAGAUGAAGCUGUUGCUAGGACUGGGGAAGGAUCAAGCAAUACAACUGUACAGCUGCGCCAGCAGGCAUCUCCAACAUGUUCAAAUUGCAAUACUAGGGGUCAUACAAGUGUUAGAUGCCCUAUUUACUAUAGCAAUUAAAUAGCGUCAAAUUACGCUGCUAUUUGGGUAUAAAAUCAUAUAGUAUUUCAUCUAGUUGAUUGGGACGGCCAGGUCGCUUGGGAAUUACGUUAAUCAUAGGGGCUUAUGUGGUGCAUGGACCUUCACAGCCUCAUCGACGGAAAAUGACACACCCCGCUUUUGCUCGCCAGAAAUGCCCAACGUGACUUCGAACCCAUAUUCUUACUCUUGGAUCGCUAUCGUACUCGUCUGCGAGAAGAUCUGAUCUUUACGGUGUGUCCGUCAAAAUGGAUGGUCUAUCCUCGGCGACGAGCGUUAUCGCCGUUAUUCAACUGACCGGAAGCCUCGUGAAGCUUUGCGGAGGCUAUAUCCAAGAGGUUCGAAAUGCACGGGAAGAAAUUCUUACCCUGCAGCGGGCUAUCACAGGUCUACAAGAUAUACUUCAAGCUCUACAGAACAAUCUGCAAGAGAAUAACGCGAAAGGCCUAUCUACGUCCUCACAACUACCGAGUGAUAUUACUGCUUGCCUCUCCGAUCUCCAAGCAUUAGAAGCGAGACUCAAUCCAGGAAAGGGAAAAACGCUGAUGAGGAAAAUGGGCUUACGAGCCUUGAAAUGGCCCUUAGAACGCACGGAGAUACAGGGCCUAACACAGAACCUCGAGAGAUAUAAAUCAUCAUUCCUCUUAUCUUUACAGGUGGACCAGACUUCCCUAAUAAUUAGUAUGGCCGAAAAUACGGAUCGUAUUAAUCAGCAUGUCGAUCUUGGAAAGUUGGAAGGCGCUUUAGAUGCAGGGUUCGAGUCAUUCUCCGAUCGCGACGAAGUCGAAUGCCUCCCAGGCACAAGGGUCGAGCUCCUCCGGGAAAUAACGAAAUGGGCUUUUUCGCCAUCCUCGAAAAGCAUUUUCUGGUUACAGGGGAUGGCUGGGACAGGGAAAUCCACAAUUUCUCGGACGGUAGCAAGGUCGGCCAAGAACCGUGAUCAUCUGGGUGCCAGCUUCUUUUUUAAGAGAGGUGAGGCGGACCGAGGGAAUGCAAAGAAGUUUUUCCCAACGUUAGCCAGGCAACUGAUACUUUGGAAACCUGAGUUAAGACCUGGCGUACAAAAGGCACUUAACAACGACCCUGACAUCGUGUCAAAAUCACUCAAGGAGCAAUUUGAGAAACUGCUCCUUCAACCGUUUCUUGGUCUUGACCAACGCGAUCAACUGCCUCAGAAUACUGUGAUUGUUAUAGAUGCUUUGGACGAAUGUGAGCACGACCAAGAUGUUCAAAAUAUUAUUCGAUUGCUCCCUCUUCUGCAGGAGGUAAGAUCACUCUGCCUUCGGGUCUUCCUGACCAGUAGACCAGAGCUCCCCAUCAGCCUUGGGUUUUCAGAGAUCGGGAGCCACAGAUAUCAAGACAUGGCCCUCCAUGAGAUACCCGAAGAGGUGACGGAACACGACAUCCAGUUAUUCCUACGACAUCGAUUUACGAAAAUCCAGCAUGAUAGAAAAGUCCCUCAGGACUGGCCUGGCGACGAUAUCAUCCAAGAGUUAGUUAGGGUAUCUGUUCCACUGUUUAUUUCGGCUGCCACCGUGUGUCGCUACAUCGAGAAUCCAAAAUGGGAACCUAAAUUCCGUCUCGCAGAGCUUCUCAAGAACCAAGCCAAAUAUGUGUCCAAAAUGGACAAGACAUAUCUGCCAAUCCUGACGCGACUCCUCGAUGACCAAGAGAGUGAUGAAAUGGAACAACAGCAACUUCUACAAGAGUUUCAGGAUAUUGUGGGAGUUAUCAUCCUUCUUGCUGUUCCGCUUUCUAUAAACGCACUAUCUCCGUUUCUUGAGAUAGAAGUGGACCAGAUCAGUAAUCGAUUAGAUUCCUUUCGGUCGGUUCUUAGUAUCCCCAGCGACGAUAAUCAGCCUGUUAGAAUUCUGCAUCUCUCAUUUCCGGAAUUUUUAGUCCAGACUACGACCAAAUUUCGCGUGGAUGCGCCAACCAAACACAAAGACAUUGCAAAAUACUGUCUGAGAACGAUGCGGCGUCUUCUGCGGAGAGAUAUCUUGAAUCUAGCAGAGCCUGGAGCGCGUAGGGCAGAAAUCGACCCUCUAGAUAUCCGCAAAUGCCUACCAUCAGAAUUGCAGUACUCCUGUCGCUUCUGGACACAUCAUCUCAAAAAUAGCCACGCUUUAUCUUCUGACAUAGAAGAGGUGCGGCUAUUCCUCCAGAAGCAUUUUCUGCACUGGAUGGAAGCGAUGAGCCUGCUGGGUCUUAUAUCAGAGAUGAUGGGUAUGCUCGGCAUUCUCCGAACGAUGGUGUCAGACUAUAAUGAAGAUUCUAGUCUGGCCGCCUUUCUACAUGAUGCAAAGCGGUUUAUUUUGAAAAAUCGCCAGAUAGCCGACGAAGCGCCACUUCAAAUUUAUUAUGCAGGGUUGGUAUUUGCACCUCGAACGGCAAUCAUCCGUCAGCAGUUCCAAUCAGAGCUUCCUGACUGGAUCUGCCGCUUCCCACAAGUUCACGAGAACUGGAGUGCAGAAUUGCAGACACUCGAGGGCCAUACUGAUUUGGUUCAGUCUGUGGCCUUCUCGCCCGAUGGCCGGCUGCUGGCGUCUGGCUCAGUGGAUAAAACAGUACGGCUCUGGGAUCCAGCCACAGGCGCUCUGCAGCAGACGCUUGAGGGCCAUACUGAUUGGGUUCAGUCUGUGGCCUUCUCGCCUGAUGGCCGGCUGCUGGCGUCUGGCUCAGACGAUAAAACAGUACGGCUCUGGGAUCCAGCCACGGGUGCUCUGCAGCAGACGCUCGAGGGCCAUACCGAUUGGGUUCAGUCUGUGGCCUUCUCACCCGAUGGCCGGCUGCUGGCAUCUGGCUCAAGUGAUAAGACAGUACGGCUCUGGGAUCCAGCCACGGGCGCUCUGAAGGAGAUCCUGAGCACUCACGGCUUUGCCAAGGAGCUGGAAUUUUCGCAAGACAGCUCCUACCUCUCCACUGACCUAGGAUCGUUCAAGAUCCAAUUCAGCUGUGGCCAACCUAUCGGCGAUUCACCGAAUAUGGACCCACACAUAUCUCUACGGAGAGAAUGGAUAGCUGUAAACGAGAAAAAAGUCUUAUGGCUCCCGCCCGAAGCCAGGCCUUCUUGUUCAGCGACUAAAUCCAAUAUACUUGGUUUGGGACAUGCGUCAGGCCAGAUUUCUUUUUUUGGGAUUCCGGAAAUAAUCAAUGUCACUUAAUGUUCGUUUUCUGAUUCCCUAUAUCUUCAUCUUUACAAAAGAAGGGCCUGGUAGACGGACAGAAUUCAGUUAGAGGGUCUAGUCGCCACGGUUCUAGCUGCCGAGUCAGACGUAUUCUCCACCCACAGCGCCCUAGGCUUUCCUAAUCAUCAACUUGGUCAUACCAGUCUGUAGUUGGAUAAUUGAGACUUGUAGCUUAAGACCCCGUUGGUACAGCGCCUUACCAAGCCCUGGGGUUGCCCUCCAAUCCACUCAUUUUCCUGACUAGCGCCUUAGCAGUGAGGCCUAGAAUAAAGAAGAGAGAGUGAGGCGGUGAAACUGGAGUUGCACUUCACUGUACUUGGCAAAAAAUGAAUUGCAAAUGAGUCUGAUGCAACCAAAACAUAAAAUUGUUUCUAAAAUUCAUUCCUCAGACUCGUCGAUUGUUACGCCGGAAUGUCGGAAGUGAGCUUCGGCGCUGGCUUUUUUUGCACCAACGGUAUCAACGCAUGCCUGCCGGAAAGUGUCGAAGCUUAGCUCAGGCUCGUCUUCGUAUAAUUUCCAAUUUCGCUUGAUAUAACUCUUCAGUUCGGAGAAGAAUUCCUCAAUUGGGUUCAGGUCAGGUGAAUAUGGUGGCAGGUAUAACAAUUUGACACCUGCUUCAGAGCACAGCUCCUUGAUCCUAUCGGAGUGAUGGAAAGAAGCAUUGUCCAUAAUUAAGACGGACUUAGGUUCCGGCCAUCUCCCGCAAUGUUGUAGAAGCUGUUCAAUAGAAUCUUCAAACGCCACAGCAUCCGUCGAGCCGGCAAAACACAAGAGAGGAGAAUACCAUCUUGGGCGUAGGCAGGUAAUAUUUGAUAGCGUUGGCCCCGAUGAAACUUCGCCACUUGAACGGGUCUCACUCCUAGGGGAGACCAGCCAGUCCUCCUGAACCCUAUUCUCUUAUCACAUCCAGACUCAUCAACAUAGACCAGUUGGUAUGAUUGGUAUUCGGAGAGUGUGGAAGUAGAAAUCUCGCAGAUCGGGGUUUCGUUCCUGUGCUCUUUGGCGCGCUGUCUUUCUCGUCCACCCUGCGGUGGAAAGAGUCCGUUUUAGGCUCGACGGCGUAAUGGGAAUAUUAAAUUCGUCAAAUAGGAAGACUACCAUCUCGUCAAUGUAUAGACCGGGCUUCUCGACGAGAUGAUCGAGAAGUGCCUCAAGCAUUGGUGGGGUUAUGCUGCGCGGUCGACUUCCUGGGUUGACUGGUGGACUCGCAGUACCAAACGUGUGUAGUUGUGAACGGAUAUUCCUAAUAGACUGUUCGCUGCAUUCGGCAGCGUCAGCAAUCUGGGAGGUAGUAAAGCAUUUCCUCCGCAACAUAUCACGGAUAAGCAUAUGCUUCCAGGGUUCAAGGCGGCAUGAGGGUGACGUGGAGUGUGGGGGAGGGGGGAUGAUGUCUAUAACAAUACGAAACGAG